ACUUUUAAUUCGUUUUCAGUCUAUUGAAAGAACAAGAAAGAGAAAGAUGAAAACUUUUUUCAAGUUGCUCCUUUUGUUCGGUGCUUUCAGUAUUUUAGAGUUUGCUAAAGCGCAAAAGACAAAAACUAAUCAUAUCAGCUUAAAUGAAGUUUUUAAGGAAAAAGCUUUAGAAGACUUUGUAGCGGGAAAGGUUCAAGCUGCCCAAUUAAAGCAAAGAUCGUACCUGACCAAAGAAGGAAUUGAAAAAAAGUUGAGUAAACAUGGGUUUUCAGCCAUAAAAGCUUUAUUCCAAGGUAUAAUUGAUUCUUAUGAAUCAAUGACGCAUAUCCUCCCACACGUCGCCUUACCCAAAGAUCUAGAUAGUUUAAAAGGAGUUGGUGCCGAUGAAACAGCUAUAGCUAAUAAGACAAUGCUCAAAUUACAUGCUCACUUGCAGAAUUUAGCGUCAAAUAAUGAUUUUGAUUUAAAUGAUUUUUUGAAGAGAAUUAAAGCAAAAAAUAUAACGAAAGUUGAAGAUUCUUUCGGCGUUGUUGAAGAUUUACAUGGCGGUCUUUUAGAAAUGAUUACAAAUGCUUACAAUUCAGCUAAAGUUUCUAUCGACACCAUUUGCAUAAUAGUGUUCAAACUCCGAAAAUUAGUAAAAAAUCAAAAUACUAUUGGAGACUUUCUAAAAGUUUAUCAUGAACUCGACAUUUACGCCACAGAAUUAAAGAAGCACAUUGAAAUUAUUGGAAUAGCCCAUCAGAUAAAUCAUAUAAUAAUGGAUUUGAAAUCUCAAAUGGAUUGUAUAACUACCACAACUUUUUCUUCUAGAGUAUCCAAACUAAUUACCGAUGACUCUGCCGAAUUAGACUUAAAUUUCACUAGGCAGUUUAUUUAAUAUUUUAUUUUCUUCUAAUCUUAAUAAAUUAUUUUUUAAAACACAAAAAAAA